AUGAGGUUGCUUAAACCGACCUGGGUAUCCCAUGGAUUCCUAUCAAAGGACAAAGCUGUUGGUCGACCUAUAUAUAGUUUAGAUAUACAUCCUGAUGGCUCACGUUUAGCUACUGGUGGGGUAAUCGACACAUGUGGAGUUGUUGUUUUGUGGAAUAUGGCUCCUAUUCGAGAUCCAACUUUAGAGUCAAGUGACAACUCUUGUCUUAAGCUUUUUCAGAUGGACAGUCAUCAAGCUUGUGUCAACUGUGUCCGCUGGUCACCAUCUGGUCGUUGGUUAGCGUCUGCUGGAAUGGACAAAGUUAUUAUGUUAUGGUCGAAAACAGCCGGUACAUCUCGUCCAGUUCAGGUAUUCGGUUCAAAAGAGCCUACCAAGUUUACAGAACAUUGGCGUUGCGUAUCAACACUUCGAGGUCACAGUGGUGAUAUUAUUGACUUAUCUUGGUCUCAUGAUGGAAGUCGUUUAGCUUCCACCAGUGUAGAUAAUUCUGUCAUUGUUUGGUGUCGUCAAAAACUUCCUAAUGGUUCAGGUUAUACAAACAAUUCUUUCUAUUUGCAAGCAACUUUAACUGGUCAUAAAGGUUUUGUUAAAGGUGUUACUUGGGAUCCGGUUGGUCGUUAUUUAGCUAGUCAAGGAGAUGAUUUAACUGUGAAAAUAUGGCGUACUGCAGACUGGCAGGAAGAGGCCAGCAUCAGUAAACCAUUUACAAAGGCUAGCGGACAAAGUCAAGUUAUGCGUUUAUCAUGGAGUCUAGAUGGUUCAACUCUUGCUUCACCUCAUGCUAUAAAUAACGGGUUUCCCACUGCCAAACUUAUUGAUCGAACGAAUUGGUCACCAAGUUUAGAUCUAGUUGGACAUCGUAAACAUGUCAUUUGUGCACGUUACAAUCCUAAUGUUUUACGUAAACAAGACGGAUCAGGGAUUCCGGGUGCUGUCUGUCUAGCUCUUGGUAGUAAGGAUCGUUCUGUUUCUGUAUGGUCGACAGCGGGUCGUCGUGCACGAGUUGUUGUUCAUGAUCUGUUCACUAAUUCUGUUUGUGAUUUAUCAUGGAGUUCUGAUGGUCGUGAAUUAAUGGCCUGCUCACUGGAUGGAUCUGUUUGUUAUAUGGGUUUUACUCACAAAGAAUUAGGAACUCCAUGGUCACUUAAAGAAGUUAUUCAAUUACAUUACAAAAUUUAUGGACAAAGUUUAUUAGAUAAAUUUCGUCCAAUUACAUCAAAUGGUCUAUCCACGGAUGUAGAUCCUUCUGAUGAGAAUAAAGAUAAUUCAAGUAUAUUGAAUCAAAGUGAUAUCUUGCUAGAAACUCCUGAAGCUUUGGCUUUACAAAAAACUCAAGCUGAAUUACGUACAAAAUUAAAACAUUCACCGACACGAGAUAAACAAGCGAAGUGUCUUGCAAAAGGUCCAUCCAAACAGAUUGAAACUGUAGGUAAAGAUGGACGACGAAGAAUAACUCCUAAAUUUCUAGGUCAUCUGGACAGUCCUGAUGAAGAUGCUAAUUCCAAUCCACAAUUUUCAUCACCUCAAUCUAACAGAUGUGAAAGUAAAUUAAACUCGGAGAAUAGUUCAGAUUUGAUUUCAGAUAUAAAUAAAAUAAAUCCUAUAGUAGCAGUAUCAUCAACUGGAACAAAUGUAACAACAACUCAUUCUAUUAAUUCUAUUAUGCCUAAUAAUGUAGCCACUGAUGAUGCUAUUCCAACUGUUACACUUGUACAAGUCGACAAUACUGUUUCUACGAGUGUUGAUAAAACACGUACUUCGAAUGUUAUUGUCCCUACACCUGUAUCUACAGUAAAUACAGCUGAUUCGAAGGGAAACGAGACUACAUUACCGGCAACUAGUGUUACUGUACGCUCAAGUCACUCAACUGUAGAACCAAAAGUCAAUUCUGAAUCACAAUCAUUAGCUACAUUUGUUCAAGCACCAUCAAAGAAAUUACCACUUGAAUCCAUUAUGUUUACUACUACUACUACCACUGCUGCUAUGGACCAAGAAACUGGGGUAGAACUGAAACGUCCACGUUUAGAUAACAAUGACGAUGAUACAGAUCAUAUUAAACCGAUCAGUGAUGAAACGAAUAAACAAGUUACUUCUACUGGUAAUAAACAACGUAAAAGACGUAUUCGAUUGUUUACUGAAGAAGAAAAAUCUCCCAAAUCGGGAUUGGAUGUUUCAAAGUCGUCUGUGUCACAAAAUAAAAAGCCUUGUUUUACACCGGAGUCGUCACCACCGAAACCUAAGCUCACCCUUGGAUCUACUUUGGAAUCUACUGAUAAUACAUCAUCAUCUGUACAAAAUCCACCUUCAGGAGCAACAAGUUUUGCACCAUUUCUAAUCACUACCUCUGAUCAGUUAGGAAAUGCAUCAAAAGUUCAAUUUGUAUGUUCUAAUCUAAUAGACGGUCCAAUUAUUGUACAAUUAAUCAACUCAUCGAAUUCAUCUACACGUAGUGAAGAAAUUCCAAAAUUAUCGAAUUCAGUCUCUCGUAUAAUUGCCAGUCGUAGUGAUCGUCGUUUAUGGGAAUUAAUAUGUUCAGAUCGUUUAACUUCAUAUGCAUAUUCAGAUGAAGUUAUUGCUGUUGGUGAUAACAAAGGUCGUAUUCAAUUAAUCUACAGUACUGGUGGUCAUAUAUGUCCUAAUCUCUUAUUAGACUGUGUGCAUACAUUGGCAUUGACUACUGAAACUACUGAAUCAUCUUUAACGACUUCUAAUCAUGUUUUCAUAACAUGCCCAGAAUCUACACCUAAUAAUAAUAACCUUAGCCGAUUACAUGCAGUUGUCAGUGGAAAUGAACAACAACAACAACAAACAACACUUCAGAAUGGGAAUAAUAAUCAUUCUACAUUACCUAACAAUAGUAUAAUGAAUAAAUUCAAUGUUAAUCGUAAAUAUCGUUUAGCUGCUUUAUGUCGAUCUGGAAGAUUGAUCAUAUGGAAUUUUUGUUUAAAUAAUUGUGGUUUCGGUUCAGUAUCUACUGUAUUCAAUAAAUGUAUAUUUCCUCAAGUAUUAAUUGAAACUAAUAUUAAAGAUGUAUUAAAUGGUGGUCAUAAUUCUCGAUUUAGUUCUCUUACAUUCGGUCCAAAUGGAUUUCCUGUCGUAUAUUUACAAGAUAAUUCAUCUUAUUUAUUUCAUAUAGAAAGUCGUAUUUGGAUUGAAUUAUUUGAUGCAUCUGAUAUUGUACGUUGUCAAUUCGCUAUGAAUUCUUCUCGUGGUUGUCCUCCUGGUCCAUUAUCUGCAUGUCAACAACUUAAUAAAAUGACUACUAAUGUACAAAGAUCAAAUCAUUUCACUAGUUCGAAUUCAAAUGUCAUUUCGGCAUCUUGUCGAAAAGUUUCAAAUCAAAAUUUCCUUGAAUCUCAGACUCAAUUAGCUCUAUCAUUUGGAUCUUCCAAUGAAUAUCGCUAUUGGCUAACUCGUUGGUUCCGUCAACUUAUUGAAGAUAAUGAAGAAGAACGUGUUCGUCAAAUAAUCCAAGAUCUCAUUGGUCCUGUACAGGCAACUACCAAAUUACAUUCUACUUGUCAAUCUGAAGUAAAGGGUAUAUCAAGACUUGUAUUAGCUAAAGAAUUAUUAAGUUUAUUUGCACUCAAUUUGCAUUUACAACGUUUAUAUGUUGAAUUAAAAGAAAUGUUGAAUGAAGCAAGAUAAUGAUGAUGACAUGAUAACCUGUUUCAGUUCAAAUGGUUAUAUGGGAUAUACAUAGAAGAGUAAUGCAUAUUAUCUCCGCUCUUCAACUGUUACUUUAUAUAUGAUAAACUAUCAUCCUGUAAUUAGUAUCCAUACUUAUUAUAUAUAUGCCUCUUGAUGCUUUCAACUUUCAUUAUUUUAUCCUUGAACAGUAUCCCUUCUAUAAAUACAUAUCUUUACAUAGAUUAUAUACGUUUUUUAACUCCUUUAUGAUCGGAAAACAUGUUCCUCUACAUUAGAAGACAUAGACAGGCUGAAAGUUUAGAUAUCGUAGAACAAUCAGUUUUAUGUAAUUCGCUGGUCUUAUCAAGUUGACAUCAGUUCAUGAUGAAAUUAACGUUCAUAUUAAUCGUCAGUAAUGAUCAACUUUGGGAUGGAUUUUCUAACCGUCUGUUGAGAAACCUGUGUUGAAAGCGAGGAAGCUAUUAGUGGUGAUAUUGAAUGAAUAUCCCAUCACAAUGUCAAUUUUUUGUGGUGCUGUGAUCUCCGAUUUGAUGGUAUGUAUAUCCUUUAAACAUAAAUCUCCCAUUUUACUCCGUACAUUACCUAGGUUAACCCGGUUUAUGUGACUGUGGGAAUAAGAAGCGAAAUUCGAAUUGUUUUGGAUGAAUUUAUUUUAAGCUUAUGUUUAUCCAGGCAGACAUUCAGGAUAAGAAGCGAAACCAAGCGGCGAAGGAGAGUAAGCCAACUCGAUUUGAUAAAUAUUUAUAGUCAGACAAUAAUAAGUUACAGAGAUGUGAUGAGAAGUGUAUGCAAUGUACACUCAUACGCUCAUAUAAAAAGUCAGAGUGAAUAAGGAAAUAACCAACAAAGUCAAAAUGUGUCAUGAAAAGAAUGAGUAAAUCGGUCUUUCCUUAAGCUAGAAUAAUCCAUGUGGACUUUACAUAGAACUGGGUGCUACAAACUGUCUUGAGUAUCAGAUGUUCAUCAACAUUUUAUCAGUUUAGGGAAACUGUAGCCAAUGGAAUUCAACCGUGUGGGGUGUGAGGCAGUUACUCACUGAAGGCAAUGUAGGAUGGUCACACAAUAUCGUUGACUGGUUGAAGUUAGAAAUUAACGCUGUUGAAUGUGUCAGCUCAGUGAUUCUACAGGUUAAGUAUGAGACUGAGGGUCCUUUGUUCAAAUUCCACGUACGGGACCGUGAAUGCUCACUGCCGAGUAGUCCCAUACUAGAACGAAACGACCAUCCAGGUUAUCAAUGGUGGUCUGAUAUUGAUUCAUUCACGAUUUCAAUCAAAGCUCAUCAACAUUUGACAAAAAUUAACUUAAAAUUAAACGAUCUCUAAAACCUUUACUAUCUUGUUACGUUGAUCAGCCGUAAAGAACAUAAAUUUCAACUUACAAUAUAGUUUGUCAAGUACCUCCUUCCAAUCAUACCGUAGAUUUGUUUCAUUUCGGUAUCAUUAAAAAUAAUAUUUUGUAGUUCACCGGGUAUUGGCU